GUGAGUUGUUACUCCGAUGCGCUUAGUAAGGCCGCAUCAUAAUGGUCCGCGAGUUGAUCCGACAACUUCAUUGAUGCCAGUGGCCUUCACUCUCACCUCGGUCGCACUUCUCCCUCAGUCAGAUACAGACCGCAAGAUGCUGCCGAUGACAACUUCUCAUGAACUAGGAUCCGAUCUUUCUAGAACAGGCUAUUUGGAGUAGGGCCAGCGCCUUACUGUGGCCUAUAUCCUAUUAUAACCUGCUUGCGUUGUCGACUGCAGCCGAACCACCAUGUCGACAGGACGCAAGAUCUUCCACUGUGCCGUGGAUGAAACGGCACUGACUACGAACAUCAGUGAGAUAAAAAAAUGGACGACAAACGGGGCUAUCACUCUUAUCGUUCCGCUCUACACUCUCGAGCGCCUCCACGCCUUGAAGAAAGCCGGGUCGCAGGUCGCCAUCAACGCUCGAGAGGCAGUGCGGUUUCUUGACCGAGCCACCUCCGGAAAGGACAACGUUGCUUCCGAGCGAGUCAUCUUACAAGGGCCGAUGGAACAAUACGAAAACUGGAGCGAGGCAGAGAAGUUUUUCCUGCCAGAGUUUGAAGAGGAGGAGGAAGAGGCGGACCACGGAUCUGUCCCUGCAGACGGUCCGAUGCCGCAAGACAAGCGAGACGUUAGGGACAGGGACCAGCGGAAGAGCAAUACCGCUGCUACGGAUGACUUGUCGCAGAUGCUUCUGAGCAAGCUCAACUUCAAGAAGGAUGCGGAUGCUAUCUCGAUCACCUCCACAGGUACUCACAGCGCCCCCGCCUCUCGGCCAUCUUCCCGGAGCUCUCGGACCAGCCCAGAAUGCGCCAACAACCACACAUCCUCGAACGGGGAAGAGACGAAGGAUGCCGCAGCCAAGGGACACCGCCGUACCGCCUCUGGAUCUACGAUUCCCGUUGUGCCGACCGUACUGCGACCUCUGCUUAGCGCUCUUCUUUGGAGAUUAUAUAGCGGCCCGGAUGCGUCAAAUGCUACAAAAACGUGUAUCCUCAUUUCGAAUGAUCGCCCAACACAGGUCUGGGCGCAAAAGUUUGGCAUUGGCGUCAAGAACAUUCAUCAGCUACGGACCUCUAUCCAGUACGAGGAGCGAGAGUACAAGAACCGAUGCAAGUACGUCGAGAAAACGCAGUCUACACCCGCCGAGCCAAAGUCUCUGCUAUCAUACGAGGAAGAGAGCGAGGAGGAUGAGCUAGUGUUUGUCCCCCGUGGCCGCGGAAAGGGCGCAUCAAGAGGCGGAGGUUCGCGUGGGGGCAACAACCGCAAGCCAUCAGCCCCAGCCAAACCCGCCGCGCCGCCCGUGGAAAGCACGAUGGAGGUUCCGACGCAGCCGAUCGAUCCCAACUCGUUCAGUCGGUCGCUCGGUGUGACCCCUAAGCAACAACCUGCGACGGUUGAUCUCAGCACGCAGGCAGGGGCCUCACGUGGCAUCGCAGGUGCCUCGAGGAACAACGGCAACAGUCGGCGCAACGGUGCUCGUGGCCCGGCACGUGGCGGUAGCCGUGGUCGUGGGAAACUGUGGGUUCCUUGAUCGUACAAUGUAGGUCCGUCGACUGUUUAUGAGUUGCUACGGACCGACAGUCAUUACAAACGCGAUUGACCCAGUGGUUGCUCUCUGAAGCAGGAAGAAAAAAGAAUGGUUACAUCUGCCUAGCCCAGAGACUCCCCCUGGUCAGACUCUUUUGUCACUUUCCAUUAUGGGCGGGAUGAACGGGCUAUGGACAGAUGGACCAUCAUGGAUGCAAAACACCGGAAGACGAAUGUGAGUCGGAUACGGUUAACUAUCGACAAACAUUAUGCUACGGCUUCGAUGGGAUCAGGUUCGGAAUUGGAAUCGGACUCUGCGGCGGCUUGCUCGCUCAUCUCACGCGUUUGCUCCUUUGCUUGCCCUUGCCUUUGAUGAUGAUGAAGGAGGAGGAGGAAUGAAUCGGCUGCGCCACGGGUGUCCCUUGUCCCCCAAACCAGCAUGCUUUUCAGAAAGAGCCGGCUAUUCAACAUGCUCCUCUUAGUUAUAAAACACAGCUAUAACCUCUGUGUGGUAGUCCCUCCUUAUCUACUGUUCAGUUGACUUUUGUCAGACAUCACCAGACUGGAAACCUCGAUGUUAGUUUAUCCUUUGAAUACAUUAGAUUCAGUGUCCCACUCUGUAUGGUUACUAGUAUAAUGAUUCAUGACAUCCCCUCG